CGGCCUCUCCGUGCUGCUCCGCGUACGCCUGGAGCUGUGGCGACACCAGCGCGCCGGCCACACGGUCCCACGCAUCUUCCAGGCGGUGGCACAGCGGCAGCCCGAGCGCCUGGCCCUAGUGGACGCGGGCAGUGGCGCGUGCUGGACCUUCGCGCAGCUGGAUGCCUACUCCAACGCCGUGGCCCGCCUCUGCCUGCGGCUGGGCUUCGUGCCCGGCGACGUGGUGGCCGUGCUCCUGGAAGGCCGGCCAGAGUUUGUGGGGCUGUGGCUGGGCCUGGCCAAGGCGGGCGUGGAGGCCGCACUGCUCAACGUGAACCUGCGGCGGGAGCCCCUGGCCUUCUGCCUGGGCACCUCGGGCGCCAAGGCCCUGGUCUUUGGUGGUGAACUGGCAGCAGCGGUGGCUGAGGUGAGCGGGCAGCUGGGCAAGAGCCUGCUCAAGUUCUGCACC